AUGUCUACUCAUCUCGCUGCUAUUUGCCCAGGCAGAGGCCAAACCUUCCAAGUACAACCCCGAUCCACGCCAAAGCCAGGGCCAGAUGAACUUCUCAUCGCCGUCAAGUCCGUCGCUCUCAACCCAGCAGAUGUCAUCAUGCGCGAUCAAGGUCUUUUCAUAACAGAGUAUCCUACCGUCAUUGGCUUCGACAUGUCCGGCUUGGUAGUAGAAGUCGGCCAAUAUGUUCCAGCUGGCGAUGAUGGCUUCCAACCUGGCACUCGUGUUGCCGCAUAUUCUGCCUCCGCUUGGAAGGGAUGUGCUCCAGAUUAUGGCCCUUUCCAAGAGAAAUGCCUUGUCCCGUGGCAACAUGUUGUGCGUCUUCCAGAUCAGACCAUGUCGUGGAAUCAUGCUGCGACGCUGCCUGUGUCUGUGCAAGUACCUCUUAGCGCAUGGGACAUGAUGGGAAUUCCUAGAUCUUAUAAUGAACUUCAUUCCCAUGAUCUAGGUCAGGUUGAGAAGAAAGAAGCGCUUCUUAUCUGGGGCGCAUCAUCUAGCAUCGGUACCAUGGGCGUACAAACAGCUCAUUUGAUGUGCCAAGAUCCCAAGUCUCCCUUUACAGCUGUGUAUGCUACUGCUGGGCCGGCCAAUCACGAUUAUAUACGCUCACUUGGCGCCGAUCGUGUUUUUGACUACAAAAACUCAAAGGUUGUGGAGUCAAUUGUCUCUGCCUCACAAGAAGACGCGCUAGUCGUUCGACAUUGUUUCCUCGCGAUCGGAGAUCUUUCUCUGUGUCAGGCUACAUUGAACGAGUUCGUUGAUUUGAACCCAGCUCAAGGAAAGACCACAGCCAAGAUUGGGUCGGCGCCCUGGAUUCCAGCGGACGCGAAAGACGUUGACGGAGUUGAGGUUAUUUUCGUAAUGCCGUCGGCGGUUGAAGAGGAAAGACUGGAGCAGUUCAAGUAUUGGAUUGCCCAGAACCAACGGUCAUAG